AUGGCUAACACACCCCACGGAGGAGAGUUAAAAGAUCUGUUGGCUAGAGAUGCACCAAUCAGAUCCAGCCUUUUGAAAGAAUCAGAAACUCUUCAUGAUAUUAUUUUGACAGAGCGUCAAUUAUGUGAUCUGGAGUUGAUCUUGUCUGGUGGUUUCUCCCCUCUUGAGGGAUUCCUAAACGAAAAGGACUACAAUGGAGUUGUCGAGAACUUGCGUCUUGCUGAUGGCACUUUAUUUUCUAUCCCUAUUAAUUUGGACGUUUCUAAGGAAGAGAUUGAGAAAUCCAAGAUAGCUCCAGGAGCUAGAAUCACCCUUCGUGAUUUCAGAGACCAUGUUGCAAUUGCUAUUCUUACUGUCGAAGAUGUCUACAAGCCCGACAAGGCCAAGGAAGCCAAAUUGGUAUUCCGUGGUGAUCCAGAACACCCUGCCAUCAAGUACCUUAAUAACACUAUUAAGGAAUACUAUGUCGGUGGUAAAUUACAAGCCAUCAACAGACUCAAUCAUUACGACUAUGUUGGUCUGCGUAAUACUCCUGCUGAGUUGAGAUCGCAAUUUAACAAACUUGGAUGGCAAAGAGUUGUCGCAUUCCAAACUCGUAACCCUAUGCACAGAGCCCACCGUGAGCUGACAGUUCGUGCUGCUCGUUCUCGUCAAGCCAAUGUAUUAAUUCACCCAGUUGUUGGUUUGACCAAACCAGGUGACAUUGAUCACUUUACCAGAGUCCGUGUCUAUCAAGCUCUCUUACCCAGAUACCCUAAUGGAAUGGCUCUUUUGUCUUUACUGCCUUUGGCCAUGCGUAUGGGUGGCGAUAGAGAGGCUGUUUGGCACGCAAUUAUCCGUAAAAACUUUGGUGCUACUCACUUCAUCGUUGGCAGAGAUCACGCUGGUCCUGGUAAGAAUUCCAAGGGAGAAGAGUUUUACGGACCCUAUGAUGCCCAAGUUCUAGUUGAGAAAUACAGAGACGAACUUGGAAUUGAGGUUGUUCCAUUCCAGAUGAUGACUUACUUGCCCGACUCAGAUGAGUAUGCUCCUAAGGAUGAAGUUGCCGCCGGAGUUCAAACCUUAGAUAUUUCCGGAACUGAGCUCAGAAAGAGACUGAAGCUUGGAACUCCUAUUCCUGAGUGGUUCUCAUACCCUGAGGUGGUCAAGGUUCUGAGAGAGUCGCACCCUCCUCGUGCUAAGCAAGGAUUCACUGUUUUCCUUACUGGUUACCACAAUUCUGGUAAGGACGCUAUUGCUCGUGCUUUGGAGGUUACUUUCAACCAACAGGGUGGCCGUCCAGUGUCGCUCUUGCUCGGUGAGACUGUUAGAUCUGAGCUGUCUUCUGAACUGGGUUUCUCCCGUGAAGACCGUCACAAGAAUGUCCAACGUAUUGGAUUUGUUGCAAGUGAGCUUACUAAGGCAGGUGCCGCCGUUAUUGCUGCUCCUAUCGCUCCCUAUGCUGAUUCGAGAAAGCAUGCUCGUGACAUUGUUGAGAAGCACGGUUCUUUCUUCCUUGUUCAUGUAGCCACUCCUCUAGAACACGCCGAGGCUACUGACCGUACCGGUCAAUAUGCCGCUGCUCGCCGCGGAGAAAUCAAGGGCUACACUGGUGUUGAUGACCCGUACGAGGCUCCCACCGACGCCGACAUCACUGUUGACCUUGCCAAGACUGACGUUCGUACUGCUGUUCACGAGAUCAUCUUACUUUUGGAAUCGCAAGGCUUCUUUGGUAAUUAA